CUUCUCAAUUUCAUUGAUAUUCUUCGAUUUAUAUUCUACAAUUUAAUUCUAAUAGGACAAAGGCAAAGGAUAUGACCGUAGGAUUAGGUAUUCACGACGUAGAUGAUCCAAAUGAUGGAUACAUUAUGCCUAUCGACAAAAUGAUCUUACAUGAAAAUUUUACAAGUCAUAUUAUACAUGACAACAACGACAUCGCAUUAAUCAAAUUGAAAAACUUAAUAAAGUAUGACGAUCAUGUGCAACCAAUUUGCUUUCCGAACAAAGAUGCCAAAUAUACUGGACAAAAGGUCAAGGUAACAGGAUGGGGAGCAGUUGCUGUUAACGGAGCAACUUCAAAAUUUCUUCGUGAAACUAAUUUAAACGUAUUAUCAAUGGAUUCUUGUAAGAACACUUCCAUUGGCAAGCAUUUAACAAAUUCUGUAAUAUGUGCUUACAACGAUAAUACAGAUGUCUGUAUCGUUUCUUGGGGAUUGGGUUGUGGUAACAAAGGCGUACCUGGUGUAUAUGUAAAAAUUACGGAUUACUUAAAUUGGAUAAAAGAAAAUACUGCCGAUGCUAUUUAUUGCAAGGAUUAG